CCGCUGGUACGCCUGGUGGAGCUGUCGCUGGGGCAGCGGGCCGCUGCCUAAACACCGCACGCAUUCAUCUCUGCACAAAAAUGGGCAGCCGUGCGGCCCUCGCCACACUUGUGGCAUUGGUCCUAGCAACAACCAAAGCGGACGAGGCGUCAAGCGCCGCCGCGCGCGCCGCGUUAGCACGCAGAAAAGGUCUCGAAUUGUACGCGCCGCAGCAUCAGAUCGAAAUGGUCCCGGGAACCGCUCCUGUACCCGGGACGAACGAGACGGCGCGGCUUCUCGAGGCGAAAGCGUGGUUCGAGAAAGCGGUGGAAGCGGACCCGAGCGACGCCACGAACCACGCAUACCUGGGCAACGCCUGCGUGCGCUUGGACGACUUGGAAGGCGCCGAGCGCGCGUACGCGCGCGCGCUCGAGCGCGACCCCACGAACGCGCGCGUCCUCUCGAACUGGGGCAGCGCGUACGCCAAAAUAGGCAACUACGGCCGUGCGGUGGAGCUCUUUGAUCAAGCUGUCAAGCUGACGCCGGAGGAUGGCACCCUUGCAAAGAACCGGGACUCGGCCGACAUGUUUCUGCGGGUGGAGCAGAUGGCCGCCGUCGUGCGAGGUCACGGUGACGUGGAGGACCCCUGGGAUUUCGCGGGCUUUCUCGCGGGUAUCGCUUGUGUGGAAAUCAAGUUUCAAAUUCCCCCGUGCCAACCUGCGAAACAUAGGCACCAACUACAGCGAGCGAGGCGAGGUCGCGUUCAAGAUGGUCGUCGAGACGUACCCGGACCUGCACGAGAGCGCGCUCGCCCACUUGCGCGCCGCGACCGCCGCGCGCCCGCUCGGUGCCGCUCACGCCCAUGUGCUGGCCAACACGCUGGUCGCCGCGCACAUGGCCCGGCACCCGGAGCGGAUCCGCCGCGGCGCCGCGGCGCCCCUGCUCGACGAAGCAACGGCGGUGCUCAACGCGACGUUGAACAAUGCGCGCGGCCUGAGCGUCGAGGCCCGGCGGCUGCGGCCCGGCGGCGGCGCGCUUCGCGUCGUCUGCGUGGCGUCGAGCGAGCGAGCCGAGCUGACGCGGCUCCGCGCCUCCGUGAAACGACUUGGCGCCGAGCUGACCGUACUGGGUCUCGGCCAGCCCUGGCGGGGUCUGGGCAGCAAGGUCGCGCUGCUCGCGGCGCACCUCGAUGCGAGCGGUGUCGCCGCCGACGACUUGAUUCUCUUCCUCGACGCCUACGACGUGCUGCUGCUGCCCGCCGCCGCGCAGUUGCGCAAGCGAUUUACAGCGCUCGAGCGGGAAAAGCAGGGCGCCGUCGUCUUUAACUCCGAGGUGAACUGCGCGCCGGACCCGUCUAUGCGUCUCCUGUACGGCCGCCCGGCCGACGGCGCGCCGUUCCGCUUCCUGAAUUCGGGUAUUUAUCUCGGCCGCGCGCGAGACGUACGCUCCAUGCUGGCGGUGGUCGCUGCUGAUGUCGAAGCGCACCACGCGUCGUUAGGCGCCGACCCGUACCGCUUCGACGACCAGCGGUGGUUCAAUCGCUUCGCCAUCGCAUUUCCAGAACGCGUCCACCUGGAUGCUCGUGCGAGCUUCUUCCACACGCUGCAAGACAUGGACGCGUCCGACUUUGAUAUCGUCGACGGCGACCUUGUUUCGAGAAUCUCCGAAGCAGCGCCGAUGGCGGUCCACGGCAACGGCAACGGCAUUACCGCUUUCCACGACCUCUCGCGGCGCCUGGCCGCGGACCUCGGCUGGCCCGACUCCUCCGACGCGGUCUUCGCGGCGACGACGUCACCGCUCAUCAGCUGAUGGCGGCUAGGCUGGUGAUUUCUGUUUAUUAAUAUUUUAUAGUG